UCAAACGAUCACCUGGUCCACCUCCUUCAUCUUCUCCUUCUCCUACUCCUCUGUUUGUGGCAAGCUUUCCAUUUCCGUAAUUUUCUCACCCUUUCCUUUCUUCUAUUACUUCCCUAUUCUUUCUCUUUUCCUUAUCUCAGAAAAGAGACUUCUGAGGUCCCUCUUUCAUGGCGGGCGAAAUGAGAAAUCAUGUGAAGUAUGAAGAGGAAUAUAUAUUGAAUUCUCGAGGACUGAAGCUCUUCACAUGCAGAUGGUUUCCUGCAAACCAAGAUCCGAAAGCCUUGAUCUUCAUCCUCCAUGGUUAUGCCAUGGAGUGCAGCAUCUCCAUGAAUGAUACUGGAACGAGGCUGGCAAAGGCAGGAUAUGCAGUUUACGGGAUUGACUUUGAAGGCCAUGGAAAAUCAUCUGGGCUUGGUGGCCUCAUUUCCUGCUUUGAUGAUAUAGUUAGUGACUGUGCUAAUUAUUUCUCAACCAUUUGUGAACACAAAGAUAACAUAGGGAAGAUGAGAUAUCUGUAUGGAGAAUCAAUGGGAGGAGCAAUAGCUCUGAACUUGGAUAGACAAACACCAGAUUAUUGGGAUGGCGCAGUCUUGGUUGCACCCAUGUGCAAGAUUGCAGAUGAUAUGAAGCCAAAUCCAGCGGUGAUCACUGUUCUAACCAUGUUGUGCAAGGUCAUUCCAACCUGGAAAAUGAUCCCCACAGAAGAUGUGGUAGAAAUGGCCUUCAAAGAACCAGAAAAAAGAGCAGAGAUACGGUCCAAUCCAUACUGCUACAAGGGACGAAUUCGCUUGAAGACAGGCCAAGAACUUUUAAGAGUCAGCUUAGACUUGGAAAAGAAUCUCCACAAGAUACAAAUGCCUUUUCUAGUUGUUCAUGGGGGAGACGACAAGGUGACGGAUCCAUCAACCAGCAAGCAGUUAUAUGAAACAGCCGCCAGCGCUGACAAGACCUUCAAGCUAUAUCCCGGGAUGUGGCACGGCCUGACUUCUGGUGAGCCGCCUGAGAAUAUAGACACGGUGUUUUCGGAUAUUAUCAACUGGUUGGAUGAGAGGUCCGCCAUAGGAAACUCAAGGUUGGAGAAGGAGAGAAAAUCUAGGAAUGAUGGUUUCAUCUCCAGCAAGAAGAAGAUGGUUUCCUAACAGGAAUAUGCCAAUUUGGAUGUGGGGAUGUAUAAUUUUACUAGGAUUCAAUUUUAGUUUGCAUUUGAAUAAUUUAAAUUUAAUCCUUCAUGGAAAUUAUGAUAAUAUAUGUAGGAAAGAAAAAAAAAAAGGAUUAUGACCCAGGAAAAAAAGGGACUUUGAAGCAGUUGGGUUGUUGAAAUGGUGACCCAGUACGAAAGAAGAACCACUCGUUAACCAUAUCCAAUGGAACAAAAAGUUGUCCUUUUCCUA